AUGCGCGGAUUCAUUGCUCCCAUCUUUUGUCUCGUCACUCUCAUUUUAAUCCUCCUCAUCCUCAUUGCGGGUUCGAAUAAGAAUGUCUUGGUCAAUUGGUUCUUUUUGAAGGCGGAGACUUCAGCUCUCAAUGUUGCUUCGAAACUCUCGAAUUCUACCUACCUCCAAGACCUCUCAACUGUCAGCAAAACCGACUAUGUGGGCUCAAACUCAAGCGCCUCUUCUCUGGGCCUCGCAAACUCCUACACAAUAGCACUCCUCUCCUACUGCGCCGAGAGCAAUGAUUCCACAAUUUGCUCAAAACCCAAAUUCGGCUUCCAUUUCGAUCCUCUCUCCGACCUACAACUCGAUAAUACCGGCAUGCAAGGCUCGCUGUCAUCGCACUUCCUAAGUGCGAUAUCAAAAUAUGGCUCUGCAUCACAAUUUUUGGGCGGCGCAUAUCUCCUAGCAUUCAUCUUGACAUUCCUCACGCCAGUAUUUGGACUUCUUGCCAGUUGCUUCUCCCCGCGAUGGAUCAUCGGUGGAGCCAUCGCCUCCUUCCUCGCUACGGGUUUUCUCCUUGCAGCAUCGGCACUCUCCAUUGCCAUAUUCAAAACCGUCAAACAGGCAUUCGAUUCGGAUCUCUCACCUGCAGGCAUUAAAACUUCAUUGGGCGACGCACUGUACGUCCUAACUUGGAUCGCAACAAUUCUCUCCUUGAUUUCCACAAUACUGCUCUGUAUUUCUUACCGCAAAUCCAGUCGCAAAAUCAGGGGCGGAAUGAUUGUUCCCAGUGCCACCGACAAGGACGGCUCUAAGGUUGGGGUAGUUAGCAACACCGCUGGGCCGAAGCCCCUAACCCUGUUGCAGAGGAGUCUGACAUGGAAUAAGCACAAGUACGCACAACUUGGAAAGAAGAAAUCCCCUGCAAUCAAAGUAACGGGAGCCACGGGUGGGCAUGGCGAUGAGGAUGUCUUGCUUGAACGGAGAGGGUUUGGUGGAGGAGAGGAUGAGGAGGAGGAAGAGGAGUUGGUGAGAGGUUCGACCAGGGGAAUCCCAUUGGCGGGCAUGGGUGGCAGUAAGCCAGGUAGGGAUACGGAAGUUGCAUAUGAACCAUUUAGACACGUCUGA